AUGAUUGCUUCUAAUGAAAUUGAGACUGGAAGAGGUGCAAACCAGAUUGGUACUUUGCAACGAGCUGGAGAUACUAGGUGGGGAUCUCAUUUUCAAUCUAUUUGUAGUUUGAUUAAAAUGUUUGAUGCUACUUGCAAAGUUAUCAACACUAUCUCUGAGGAAAGGGCUAACUAUAAACAACGCGGUGAUGCCGAGAGAGCUUAUCAGGUAUUAACAUCAUUUGAAUUUAUUUUAAUCUUGCAUUUGAUGAAAGAGAUAAUGAGAAUUACUAAUGUUCUUUGUCAAGCUUUGCAACAACAUUCUCAAGACCUUUUAAAUGCCAUGCAUUUAAUUUCAACUACAAAAUCACUUAUUCAAAAGUUAAGAGAUGAUGGAUGGGAGCCUUUACUUGCUAAUGUUAUAUCAUUUUGUGAGCAACAUGAAAUUGAUAUUCCUGAUAUGAAUGCUCAUUACACUAAAGGUCGAGGUAGAUAUCGUCGUCAAGAUGACGAUUUAACAAUAGAACAUCAUUUUAGAAUUGACAUAUUUACAGUUGCAAUAGACUUUCAAUUGCAAGAAUUGAAAAGUAGAUUUUGUGAGCUAACAACGGAACUUGUCAUUCUUAGUUCAGCUUUAAAUCCCAAGGAUGCUUUUAGAUUAUUCAAAAUUGUUCAUAUAUGCAAUUUGGUUAAGAAAUAUUAUCCUCAAGAUUUCACUGAACAUGAACAAAAACUUUUGGAGUUUCAAUUGCAACAUUAUGAGCUUGAUGUGAUAAAACAUCCAGAUUUUCAGAAUAUGAAUACAAUUUCCGAACUAUGUAGGGGAUUAAAAAUUUCAGGAAAGUCUAAAAUCUAUUUUUUGAUUGAUAGACUUAUUCGUCUUGUGUUGACCCUUCCAGUUUCUACAGCAACUACAGAACGAACUUUUUUAGCUAUGAAGUUGUUAAAAACAAAACUUCGCAAUAGAAUGGAGGAUGAGCUUUUGGCAGAUAAUAUGAUAAUUUAUAUAGAGAAGGAAGUUGUAGGGAAUUUCACUAUAGAGAUGAUAAUGGAUGAAUUUUAUUCCAUGAAAAAUCGUCGUCAGGCAUGA